AUGUCAACAUCCAUAACCAACAACAGCGCCUCGGCCAAGAAAGAUCCAGAAGCCGGUUCCGAUUCGACUGGCCGCCAGUAUACGUCGAUUGCCGAAAUGUGGAAUGCCCAGGGCGUGAGUGCUGAUACUCCCCGCUCCCAUAUCCAACAAGUGUGGUACGACAAGGCCGCAGAUUGGUACGAAGAGAAUUGUCCUGCCACGGUGGAUGGUGUAUUGGGUGGUUUUGCGUCUAUCAGUGAGAUUGAUUUGAAGGGUUCCUGUGAAUUUUUGCAUGAAUUGCAGAAACAACAACAACCUACAUUGGAUUGGACCCUGGGGGCUGGUUGUGAAUGUGGAGCCGGAAUUGGUCGUGUUACCAAGGGUUUGCUACUACAAUUGGGAGUGACUCAGGUGGAUCUGGUGGAAUCCUCGUCUCGGUUAUUAUGUGAGAGUCCCGAGUAUAUCGGGGAAGAAGGAGCGGCCAAGUGCAAAUUUUAUUGCAGUGGUUUGCAAGAUUGGACUCCACCAUCGGGCCGGUAUUAUUCCAUUAUUUGGAUUCAAUGGGUCUUGAUUUAUUUGACAGAUGACGAUGUCAUUUGCUUUUUAAAGCGAUGUGCUGAUGCACUGUUACCAAAUGGCAAGGGAGUGAUUGUAGUGAAAGAAAAUACGACUGCUGAUGGGGAAACUUUUGUGGUGGACAAUGACGAUGCCUCAGUCUGUCGAUCGUUGUCGUAUUGGUUGAAGCUGAUCGAAAAGGCUGGUCUGAAAGUGGUUUACCAAAAGAUGCAAACGGACUUUCCCAAGGACAUCUUUCCAGUUCCCAUGCUGGCAUUGACAAAACAAUAA